AUGACGAAACUUCCAACUCUCACUGCAUAUCUUAAUGCUAUGCAGAAACUGCUGGCAUUUAUCUUGCAGAUCCCACCUAUAGACCCUUCCACUUACUUACGAACCGUCUUCCUCCUUCGCCUCACUGGCGACAUCAUGACUUCUGUGCCAGGAUAUCCUCCACAGAUGAAGGAGCUUCAAACGCUUUUGGAUUUCCUGGAUGACCUUGACCAAGCAUGGUCAGCAGUGUUGAAGAACCAAGUAUGGGAUCCAGCUGCAGGAGAGGGUGUCGACCUCAUUGUACGUGUGGACGAAAUUAAACCCGGAGAUCCACCAAUACGGUCCUCGCCUGUAAGUCAAACAGAACGAACGAGGUUACGCAGUCUUCUCGUUACAGGUACUGCUGAACUGGAGGAGUGGAUGACAGGGUUGAACACAAGUGGAGAGGACUAUCAGAUUGCAUUACAGAAUGCAGGUCUUCUCCAGGGCUUCGACGACCUUUUCUCGGUGACUUUGUCGGAGAUGGGUACUUAUGACGGUUCUGUAAAUGAUCCUGUAGGCAUGGAGGGAAUAUGCUGA